UGGAGUUUCAUAUGGCCGGGGACUGAGGCAAGCGCUGGAGCUUGGCUCGCCGGCUGCUGCUGCUGAGACGGCAGAGAGGGGCUGCGCUCUUACGCUGCUGGUUCUGGAGGCUUGGAGUACAAGGAUGUAUUUUGUGAUUUCAGCGAUGAAAGCUCAAAUUGAAAUUAUUCCAUGCAAGAUCUGUGGAGACAAAUCAUCAGGAAUCCAUUACGGUGUCAUUACUUGUGAAGGCUGCAAGGGGUUCUUCAGGAGGAGUCAGCAGAGCAACGCUUCCUACUCUUGCCCGCGUCAGAAAAAUUGCUUGAUUGAUCGAACAAGUCGAAAUCGUUGUCAGCACUGUCGGUUACAAAAAUGCCUAGCCGUGGGGAUGUCAAGAGAUGCAGUAAAGUUUGGCCGAAUGUCAAAGAAACAGAGGGACAGCUUGUAUGCAGAAGUCCAGAAGCACCGGAUGCAGCAGCAGCAAAGAGACCAUCAACAGCAGCCUGGAGAAGCCGAACCACUGACACCCACUUACACUAUAACAGGCAGUGGGCUAACAGAGAUACACGAUGACCUUGGUGGUUAUAUUGAUGGCCACACAACUGAAGGCAGUAAAGCAAACUCUGCAGUCAGUAGUUUCUAUUUGGACAUCCAGCCUUCUCCUGACCAGUCAGGUCUUGAUAUUAAUGGUAUCAAGCCUGAACCUAUUUGUGACUAUUCACCAACAUCAGGCUUCUUUCCAUAUUGCUCUUUUUCAAAUGGCGAAUCAUCUCCAACUGUGUCCAUGGCGGAACUAGAACACCUUGCACAGAAUAUAGCCAAAUCACACCUGGAAACAUGUCAGUACUUGCGGGAAGAGUUACAACAGAUAACCUGGCAAACUUUCCUACAAGAGGAAAUUGACAGCUACCAGAAUAAGCCCAGAGAAGUGAUGUGGCAAUUGUGUUCUGUCAAAAUUACAGAAGCUAUUCAAUACGUGGUGGAGUUUGCCAAACGCAUCGAUGGCUUCAUGGAGUUGUGUCAGAAUGAUCAAAUUGUGCUUCUGAAAGCAGGUUCUUUGGAAGUUGUAUUUGUGAGAAUGUGUCGUGCCUUUGACUCCCAAAAUAAUAUGGUGUACUUUGAUGGAAAGUAUUCUGGUCCAGAAGUCUUCAAAGCAUUAGGUUGUGAUGAUUUUAUUAGCACUGUCUUUGAUUUUGGGAAAAGUUUAUGUUCUUUGCAUCUGUCAGAAGACGAGUUGGCAUUGUUUUCAGCAUUUGUGUUAAUGUCUGCAGAUCGCUCCUGGCUACAGGAGAAGGUGAAGAUCGAGAAACUCCAACAAAAGAUUCAUUUGGCACUUCAGCACGUUUUACAGAAGAACCACAGGGAAGAUGGGAUACUAACAAAGUUAAUAUGCAAAGUAUCUACAUUGAGGGCUCUCUCUGGGCGGCAUACAGAGAAACUUAUGGCAUUUAGAGCAAUAUAUCCAGACAUUGUGAGGUCCCACUUCCCUCCAUUAUACAAGGAAUUGUUCAGUUCAGAGUUUGAACCAGCAAUGCCGAUUGAUGGAUAAAGGUAUCAGCUGAAAGCAUAUGGAAUUCUUAAGGACAGAUAAUGAAAAAAAUCCAAGAUACUUGAAAAGGGCGUGCGCAUUUCAGGAGAGCCAGCACACUGCACAUUUUUGGGUAUAGGGUCAUUCAGGCAAACAAGGAGAAAACCAAGGAGCAAAUAAUUAUAAAAUGUUGAAUUUGUCUUUCCUAUGCAUAUGUUUUCUUUUCUGUUAGGCCUGUAUAAAGGGACCCUUUUUUGCUGUGUUUUCUUUGACUAUGACGUUUUAUUAUAAGGUUGGAGUUCUGCGACUGAAAUAUCCCUUACCUGUAUAUUUUAGAGCCAAGGGUGAUAGUAAUAAAUCAUUAGUCACUCACCCUGUUUUUUUAUACACAAAUAACUUUUAAACUGAGACUCCUUGUCUCACUGAAAGUAACUCUUAUGUAUAUUUACAAAAUAGUGGCACAAAAAGGGUCCAUUAUGACAUUUGCAGGCAUAGCGGGUAUAUGGGCAUGAUUUGUUGCGUAAACAAGGAAAUAUUGUUUGUGUUGUUUUAAGUAAUAUAAAAUAUAAUUAUUACUGUAUCAUUUAUUGCAAAAUUUUAUGAAGC